AGCGACUUCCCCUCAGUACACCAAGCCCAAGGCACAGCAGGACAGCACGGAGCAGGCAUCAUCAGCUGGCCACCAAGGGUCGGCAGCAGGGCACAGGGAUGCUCAUCUCAGCUGUAUCGAUGUCCUCCAUGGCAGAUGGCCCAAGACUCCAGGGACCACUUGGGCCCCCACCACCCCUGCUACCCAAGCCUGGGAAGGACAAUCUACGUCUGCAGAAACUUCUGAGGAAGGCAGCCUGGAAGAAGGCAAAGGGGACUGGGCCCCUCGCCCCACCUGGGGCCUUCCGCACCUCCCUAUCCCCUGUGAGUGAGGCCAGCCAUGACCAGGAGAUCACAGCCCCAUGCCCUGCAGAGAUCCCCUGUGCAGUGGCUGCCCUACCCCACUCUCCACAUACCCCACAUACUGUCAUCCACCACGUGGCAUCCCCCCUGCAGAAGUCCACCUUCUCCCUUGGCCCCACCCAGAGAAGGAUUCUGGCCACUCACUUCAAGGCCACAGAGCCCCAACUCACAGCCCCAGAACCUUCCCGGCCCCCCAGGGGCUUUGUCCCUGUCUCAGCACCAGCGAUGGGAAGCACCCAUGUCACUCAGGAGCACAUCCACAUGGCACCGUCCCCACAUACUGAGACCUCUGAGCCCCCCCGGAUGGCUCCAGAAGAGGGGCCCAGCAGCUGGUACCGAGACGCAGCCCUGUGCCCUGCCAGGGCCCAGCCCCUGGCCCCAGUAGCUCACAUCCGCCCAUUGCCUGUUGGGGUCCAGGCUGCCAGUCCCCACCCUGAGGAGCCCCCAGCACCAAGGCCACCACCUGACUUCCAGGGCUCAGCUCCCAGAGAGGUUAGCACCAGGGUGAUAGUUCCUGUGGCCCCUACCCGCCGCUCUCAGGGACCCUCGCCCCACAGCCUGGUCUCCAUGGCCCCCGAGGCUGAGCAUGUGGAAAAGCCCCCCACAGAUGUCCCUACCGCUGAGGAAGAGCAGGUCUCCAGCCCCCCGAAGGCCUCAUCCCCUGCCCUACCCACAGGUCCCCACCCGGGCCCCAUCCCCACAGUCACACCCAAGCCCCGGCUCAGUGGCUGGAUGCGCCUCAAGAAGCAGCUGAUGGAGGAGGCAGAGGAGCACCCCUGCCCAGGGCCGAGACAGAGCCCAGAGCUCGCAAAGUGGGAGGCACCCACCCCCGCAGCCCUGCAGCCCCCCGCGUCCCGGGCUUCCAGGAUGUGGGAUGCAGUGCUGUACCGCAUGUCAGUGGUUGAGUCUCACGGCCUCCCGGCAGGCCCCAGAAACCAGGAGCACAGCUUGGCUGGCCUUGGCCGCCUGCCAUUUUUGUGCCAGCCUCGCUUCAAUGCCCGGAAGCUGCAGAAGGCGGCCCGGCCCCCCACCAUGUCCCACGCCCUCCUGGAGCUAAACCCCCGACCCAAGAACUUCAACCGGACGGCGGCCGGCUGGAGGCUCCAGUGAAGGGGCUAGAAUGACCCCAGGCCCAGGACCAUGGGGCGGAUUGGAGGGCGGCCGAGGCUUUAGCUGGGGAGUGGGCAGAUGGAGGCAUGAGGUGCCAGGGCAGGCUGGGAAGGGUGAGCUGGGGUGCAGAGCGAGGUCAGGAAAGAAAGUUCCAAUGGAUGAAGCAGGAAGGACAAACUGGAGUGGUGGGCCGGCAGGAAGCUCUUGGGGGCCGUUCAUGUGGAGGGGUCUGUAUUAUGGUUUAAGGUGGGCCUUAUGGGGAGAAACUUGGUAAGAUGGAGGGUUCAAUAGUCUGUGAUGAGGCACAGGGUGGGAUCCCCAGAGCCCCGGGCCAGGCCCUGCCCUGCCCUGCCCUAUCUGCUUUUGAGGAUCUAGGGCCAGAAUUCUGCUUCUGUGGGAAGUGGGGGUGCUUGUGCUGCCCACGGACACUGCAGAUAUGUCUGCAGUUUGGCUCCUGUGCUUCCUGAGCAUGGGGACAGACCCCAGGCCAGGGCUGCAGGGGGAAGACCCAGGCCUGGGGCCAUUGGCACAAGUGUGGGUGCUCUGUGGCAGGCAGGAGGCUAGGCUGAGACCCCUCUCACUGCUCACCUCUGUUGCCCCCACCCAGGCUGGGGGCAGGGCCUGAGAGGCUCACUGAUGGGAAGAGCCAGGCCCAGCUAGGCCCAGCCACUGCCCAGGCUCAGACAAGGGUAAGCAGGGCAUGCUCAACCCUGGGCUGGGAGAACAGCCCAGCCGAGCCUGAGUAGGGGAACCUGAAUAGCCCCCAGACUGCAGUCAGCCAUGGGGACAGGACACAGGUCCAGGGAAGGCCUCCUACCACAGCUAUUCAGGAUUCAGCAUUCAGGGUUCAGAAGGGGAAAGAAGCAGUUGGUAGGGCUGACUGACACCCCCCCCCCCAGUAGUUAAUGGGUGCUGUACAAGGAGCCUGGGGCCAGGCCACUAAUAAAUGCGUGUCUAACCAUG